AUGGCGGCGGAGGGUAGGGAGAGCGAGAGCCACUACAACAGCGGCGCCAACCGCGACGGCGACCUUCCCGUCGGGAAACAGCAUGAUUCGGUUCCCUCGCCAUCCUCAAAUCCCCACCAGUCGUCGUCUUCUGCGAUUAACCACCCAAUCCAGCGGCAGGCUUUUCCUUCGUACUCCAAUGUCCCGAAUCUCCCCUCGAAACUCAAGCUCCUCUGCGGGAUCAUCGCCACAACCCCGUCGCCUUCCAUAGAGAAAGUCCUCGACGGCUCCGGCAUCGGCGUCACCCAGGCCGAGGUUGAGCAAGUUCUCAAGCUCUCCUACUCUUUCCCGGCCCCGACCGUCAAGUUCUUCAGGUGGAGCGGGUUGCGGCUCGACGGCGAUCACUCCCCUUACGCCUGGAACCUCGUGGUCGACCUUCUGGGUAAGAAUUGCUUGUUCGACGCAAUGUGGGAUGCUAUCAAGUCCAUGAGACGGAAAGGGUUGGUCUCUUUAGCCACAUUUGCUUCAAUUUUUGGUAGUUAUGUGAUUGCCGGUAGAGUGAAGGAGGCCAUUAUGAGUUUCGAGGUCAUGGAUCAAUACGGCUGCGAGCGUGAUGUUGUCGCUUUGAAUUCCUUGUUGAGUGCUAUCUGUAGAGAUGGAAACGCUCUCGAAGCCUUUGAAUUCUUGCGUGUAGCUCAGCAGCAUAUAAUGCCUGAUGCUGAUUCCUAUGCCAUUCUAUUAGAAGGGUGGGAGAAGGAGAUGAAUGUGGUUCGCUCCAGAGAUACAUUUGCUGAGAUGAUCGAUCGAAUUGGCUGGGAUCCUGAAAACGUACCUGCUUAUGAUACUUUUCUCUGCACUUUGUUUAUGGGUGCUGAAGGAAUGAUGGAGGUUUUGAAAUGUUUGGACGUAAUGAAGGAUAAGGGAUGCCAUCCAGGUCACAAGUUCCUUUCGUUUGCCCUUGAAGUUUGCCGUAAACAUAAUGAUGUUAAAGCGGCUGAUCUGAUCUGGGAGAUAGUGGUGUGUGGUUUCCGGAUUAGGCCUGAUGCACGGCUUUACAAUAUGAUGAUUGUUUUAUACUGCAGUUCCAAGAAAACUGACAGGGCAAUGGGAAUAUUAGACGAGAUGGUCUGUAGAGGGGUGCUUCCUGAUGUUCACACAUAUAAUUUGUUGUUCCAGUUCUUGAUUGAGAGUAGACGACUGAAAGAGGCAUCGGCAUUGCUGAACGAGUUGAUUAGAAACGAGUGCAUCCCUAACCAGACGAAUUGCAGUGAAGCAGUUAUGGUGUAUUUGGAAUCGCAGGAUGCAUAUAUGGCUGUGCUGGUUUGGAAAUUGAUGGUGGAAACUUACAAGUCGGAUUUGGAGGAGACUGGGAACUGCUUGAUCGUGGGGCUGAUAAACCUUCGACUGGUCCCGGAAGCAGUCGUGUAUGCAGAGAGUAUGAUUGAGAAAGGAAUAAAGUUGACUUCAUCGACGAUUUCGAUGCUGAAGCAGAGCCUUACUCAGGAGAGGAAAGAGAUGGUGUAUGAAAACCUCCUGAGGAAGUGGACUAACUCCUUAGGCAGGAUUGAAACAAUGUAG